AUGUUUAAUCUGCGACACUUAGAAAGAUUUGUAGAAAUGCCCAUUGGUAAAAUAGAAUGGGACCCCAUUGAAGACUCCAAACUAAUUCAAACAAGUGAGCCACUCUUCCCAUCUAAGAAAAGAGUGAACUUAUUUGAACUGGAAAUGAACAACAGCUUAUGUAAGUUUGAGACUACAUGGGAGAAAUAAUUCAAAAUAUGCCAAGUAUAUCCAACUAUAUUUAGAAUAAAUUACA